GCCCUGAAAAUAGCAAUGCAAGAGCAGAUACAAAACGAAAACUUUCCUCGUAUACUAAACUCAAUACCGCUUCAAGCAAUAACGCAUCUGCAGCCGAAAGUCAAAGAUGUACCAGCUGCCCAUGCGAUACUUCGACCAAGUUCGUCAAGGUUCGCCUACGCUCGACUCUCACUAAAAGGGGUCUACGAGUAAAGUCUACAGGCUAUAAGCUGCUGUCGUUGCAAGCACAGCCAAGGUGCAAAUGUGAGGAACAAGAGAAGCAACUUCAACGAACUGGAUCCAGUGCUGCCUCGGGUAAACAGCCAUUAAAACCCUUGACGGAACCUCCUUCAUUAUCAGAGAACAACUCAGCCAAGAAAUUGCGCUUAGAGCUCGUCAAAUCCAAAGUUCCGAGUAAUGGCGACAUCUCAAACGUACUAAAAAAUCAUAGAGACUGCAAAAACUAUAUAGCCAGUGAUAGCAAUUCCAACAGUGACAGGGAUGAAGCUGAAGCUGAUGAUUCACUUCACAAGAAAAGCAAGUCACAAAAAGAGGAAAAAGAAAAGAAACGGAAGGAAAGAUUUGGGUUGGUUGUGAUGGCAACUACAUUGCCAUCUACAGUCAGUUGUGAGAUAUCGAUUGAGCCGUACAUGUUUGUGAUGCGACUACAAGCUGAUUUCACAAUUAAUUUCUGCGAACUAAGAGCUCGACAUUUUUGCCCAGUAUCACCAGAAAUGAUGACUGGGAAGUCUUUGUAUGAUUUCAUUCAUCCUUUGGAUAUUGACGCAGUUUUGUGUUCACAUAAACAACUUCUCAACAAGCAUCAAAGUGAGGUCUCUCUUCUCUACCGCCUGGUCUUCACUAACCAUUCUUCUGCAAACAACAUUAACAACACCACUAGUACCACUUGGGUCCAUUCUCAAUUCUCUCUCUUGACAGUUUCUGCUCUAUCUUCGCCCACGUCUAACUCCUCUAACAACCCAUCUUCAAUGCACGCAAAUGUUUCUUCACAUCUCAACAAUACGCACUACAAAAGUAACAAUGAAGACACCAAUCACAAAACAACCAGCGUAAAAUUCGUUGCCUCGACGGCUAAAAACUCAACAGCACAGCCCAAUAAUAUAAUUUUAGCCUUGCAUUAUGUAAUUGCAAAUAGAGAAACAAACUCGUGAAUUGCCUACUCAUAUAGAAAAAUCUUUCAAAUAGGUGACGUUUAAUAUUUUAAUUUGAU